CACGAUGUGCGCAUGCGUCAACUCACCGGCGUACACAAUGGACCCGGAGCUUCGCGUUUUUGUCUUCCAGAUGUGAUCACUUUGAAAAUAACCGAGGGCAGAUGUUAUAGGAACCCGUAGCCAUGCGCUGGAGCUGACAGCAACCAUAAAGCGACUUUCUCUGCGUAAAAAACAGCCCAAAAGUGUGUCCGUGUGUGCUCCGAGAUGCCCUUUACUCCGCCGUGUUAUGUCACUACGGUCUUGGGUUGAUGCCAUUGUCCGCCAACACUGAACACAAGUGUCCGCUAGGGGCAGUAUAUGGAACUUUUCUGGUGGUCUGCAGCUCAUCUCUAUGAAAUUAUUAUUGCUUUGCCUGGAAUGUUCCACAGUGUGCCUUUAAACGUCUGUAUCUCCAGGGAGACAAGCGGGGGAUGUCAGACAAAGGAGCAACGGAGAAUGGCAGAGGUGAGCCUUAGCAAGAGGAAGGAGAAGUGUGAAAACUGCACCAAACAGUGCAACAAGAGGCAGACAGAGGAUGGGGACAGCUCACACCAAAAUCACACAACAGCAGUUGAGCAGGUGGGAGGGGCUGGUCAGCUGCUGCUCAGUGCCUGUCUAUCCUGUGAUGGGUGUCUGUCUGAGGAGGAGACGCUCCUGAUCUCACAGCAGAGCCUGAAGGAGCUGCACACCGUCUUAGCUCUCAAUAAGAAAUGUGACGUCUCCAAACAUAAGGUCCUGGUGGCCUCGGUCUGUCCACAGUCUCUGCCCUUCUUUGCUGUCAGAUUUGGACUGGACAUCAGCGAGGCGACACAAAAACUCUGCGGGUUCUUAAAAAGUUUAGGUGUAGCGUUCGUCUUUGACACCACUCUGGCUGCAGGCUUCAGUAUACUAGAGAGCCAGAGGGAGUUCAUUUCCAGGUACCGCAGGAGGAGCCACGACAGCCACGCCCUGCCCAUGUUCACCUCCUCCUGCCCGGGGUGGAUCCGGUAUGCAGAGCGCGUUCUGGGCAGCCUGGUGACCCCUCACAUCUGCACUGCCCGCUCCCCUCAGCAGGUCAUGGGCUGCCUCAUCAAGGACUACUUCUGUAAACAGCAGAAGCUGAGUGCGGAGAAGCUGUACCAUGUGGUGAUCGCUCCCUGCUUUGAUAAAAAGCUGGAGGCAGUGAGGGAGGAGUUUUACAACAGUCUGUUUGAGAGCCGCGACGUCGACUGUGUCCUCACCUCAGGUCAGAUCUAUGAGCUGAUGGAGCAGAGGCAGGUGACAGUGGAAGAGCUGGACUCAUCUCCACUGGACCACAUUUUAGGGGAGGGUGCAGAGGCAGAUCUGCACAGACAUGAGGGCCGUGGCUCUGAGGGCUUCCUGGAGCACAUCUUCAGACAUGCUGCUAAAGAGCUCUUUGGUCUGGAUGUACAGGAAAUCACCUACAAGACACUCAGAAACCGAGACUUCCAGGAGGUGACUCUGGAGCGGGAUGGGGAAGCCCUGCUCCAGUUUGCUGCGGUCUAUGGCUUUAGGAACAUCCAGACUCUGGUGCAUCGCAUGAAGAAAGGCCGAGUGCCCUACCAGCUGGUGGAGGUGCUAUCCUGCCCCGGAGGCUGCCUGAGUGGUCGGGGUCAGGCUGAAUCGGAGGAGGGCCGUAUCGACAAAGGCCUGGUGCAGCAGAUGGAGGAAGCCUACACCAGCCUGCCCGUCCGCCUGCCCGAACUCAACCCGGCCAUCCACACCCUCUACCAGGACUGGCUCCAGGGACUCGACUCACCUCACAGCAACACACUGCUCCAUACCGAGUAUCGCACCAGCAACCCAGCGCAACCGCAGCCCCCGCACAUGCAGUGGUGACCCAUAAGAAUGCUGGCAGAGCAGUACGUCGGGUUUACCUGAUGGUACAGCGCUACUGAGCCUGUCUACGCAAAACCAAACUUGGUGUUCAUUUCAAGUGCAUAUGACAGGUUAGACUAAUAAAAAGAAAAAAAACAUGGUUAUCGUCAUUAUAUUUGACUAGGGAUGUAACAAUAACUGUGAUAUUGUACCGUCAGAGGUCUCACAAUAACAUCGCGGGCCAUCGCAAUAUAUCAAAUUGUAAGUUCCUUUUCUUUAAUUGAUUCUUAUGGUGCAGCAUUAACUAAAAAAACAGAGAGAACUACAUAUCCCAUGAUUCUUUGCUUUGUUUCAGUCCAGUCUACUUGAUUAAAUAAGUGUUAUUAAGCACUUUUAAAUCUUAAUUAUUUGGACUUUGACAGAAAAGUAGCGUAGUAACAGUUCUGUGAACCUCUAAAUAUCGUACCGUGACAUGCGUAUUGUAGAAAUAUCAUAUCAAGAGAUUUGGAUAUUGUUACAUCCCUAUAUUUGACAGAAAGUAUUUUUUGGUUAAGUUUAUAAUUUUACACACAGGCAGUGGAUAUGAGACCCUAAUUCCAUAAUUGUUACCAAGCUGACAAGGUUACUAAGUUACUCCAGUUACUUAACAAGGGCCAAAACCUGUCUAAAUUGCACAGUAGUUAUCAUUUUCUUUAAUUAGUCAAAUUAUAAUGCAUUUAUUUUGAUGCAUGAAGGUUUAAACUGUCAGAAAAAUGCCUUCUGCCACACACUACAGAAAAAUAUGCCAGAUUUUGGGUGUGAUUUCUUCUACGCUCUUCACGUGUCUGUGUGUGGUGUCAUUGUCAGAUCAUAACCACCAAACAUCAGCAACGCUACGGUAACAAUAAAACAGAGCGUCAGGGGCAUAGGAGUGACAGAUGCAUACAAACUCAGGAUAUAGCUAAAAUAAAGACUUUAUUUCUCACCUUUCGUAAAGUGGUUAAUUUAAACCGCAGCUUCUCAUCCACAUUAUCAAUAGGAUUAUUACUAUUAAUACUACUAUUAUACUAUACAAUAUAUACAAUUACUAUUAAUCCAGUUAAAGGUGUUCUUUAAAAGUAAAAAGGCGAGAGUAGUUCCUCACGUGUGUCUGUUUACAUCCACACAGCGCACGGAUCGAGGUGAAGCUGCAAAUAAGUGAUAGUAAUCCGUUUUUCACUAUAAGACCAAAAAUAAGAAAAUGAAAAAACAACUGUUUUCUUCAUUAUUUGUCUCCAAAACCAAAAUGAAAAAAUGGAUAAUGAGUCGUUUUUUCAGUUUUCGAUUUUGUGUUUAAAUGAAUAACGGAAAAAACAGAUAACGGCUAUUUACCAUUUCUAUGACUUAAACUGCGAUGCCCGGACUUUUGUGCCACAUACGGACUGAGCCAGGAAUAAACCGUUUUCACUUCUGGUCUGGCCUCCGUCUCAGUCUCAGUCCUGGUCCUGGUCUCAGUCCCGGUCUGGUUCCGGUCUGGUCCUGGAUCUGGGUUAGUCCUUGCUUAGUUCUGGUUCAGUCCGUAUGCGGUGCAAAAGUCCAGCAUCGCAGUUUAAGUCAUGGAAAUGGGAAACGGCCGUUACCCGUUUUUUCCAUUUUUCAUUUAAAAACAAAAUCGAAAACUGAAAAACGAAUCGCUAUCCAUUGUUUCAUUUUGGUUUUGGAAACAAAUAAUGAAGAAAAUAGUUGUGUUUACAUAUUCUUCUUUUUGGUUUUAUAUUGGAAAAACAAAUGAAAGAAUGAUACACGGAUUGACAGUCACUCUACUUCCUGUGGACUUUAUCUCCAAUCUUUUAUGCUUUAAAAAUCAUGUAUCUGAAGUACUACACCACAUUUCACAAACAAUAAUAACACAGUUCUGACUUGUAUUUAAACUAGAAGCACAGAGCUCUGAUCCUUUAAAAACUUCAGCAUCUCAAAGCUAGUGGUUUUACUGUAGACAGGAAAUAGCUGACACGAAUUACACUCACAACUUUAUAUGCUGUGGUCCGCAGACCAAUCCCAUUGGGGUCUUUGUGAUCGGAGAGUUUAAAUCUCAUAAGAUUCUCCUCGUGUCUGUGGUGUGCGCUUUUUGUCGCAUGUUUAAAAAUCGUUUAAGACCAAAAAAUCCUGUAGUGUUUGGUGGCCUUAAAUCGUCCCUGCAAUUUGAAUGGAAUUUUUGAAAAAGGUGUUCCAUAGGUAAAGGUGUUCCAUUGUACACAGGUACCAAGUAAUAAUUAGACAAGCAUGAAAACCUGUCAUAUGUACUAAAAUGGUGAAUCUUCCAUAGCGCGCGAUAUAGGCCCCUGCCCUCGAUCUGAAGUUAUGAUGCAUUCUUCCUUUCAACCACUAGGCAGUGCUGUUGAGCCUCACAGAACACGCAGAAGACUGACAGGGAGUGUAUAUGUGGCUAUCAUGGAAUGCAAUCCUAUAAUAAUAAUAACAAUAAUAAUAAUAAUAAUAAUAUGUAGCAGAAAGGUUGUUUUUUUUAUGUAACUGGAAUCAUGCAUUAAAACCGUGAAUGCAG